CUUACCGCUCUCUAAUUAUAACUAAACAGUUACAUAAACGUGUAUUCGAUUUUAUUUGUCAUCCUUGAACAACUGUUAACAGUGACAAUGGACGAAAUACGAGAUUUAGAGGAACUUUUGGGCAUAAAAGAAGAAGUCCGAAAUGUAGAUAUAACAUCACUCACUGCACCAGGAGACAAUUUUGGCAGUUUAAUGCUAAAAGUGGACGUAACACUGAAGGACAAAAUUUUACACCUAGUAGCUAAAAAAAUCCCACAAAGUGUUUUGUAUCAAAAAAUAUUUAAUAUACAGGUGACGUAUAGAAAGGAGGUUGAGCUGUAUAAAAGUAUUGUUCCGAUUUUGGAAGAGUUUGCUAAGAAGAGGCUUGAAUUUUUUCCACGGUAUUAUGCAUCCCGGUAUAACCUAAAAGACAACGAUGAUGUGAUCGAUGAAGAUGCUGUGUUAGUUUUGGAAAAUUUAGCUGUUUUGGGAUACAGAAAUUUAAAUAAAAAAGAAGGAUUCGAUCUACAAAAUGCCUUAUUAUUUCUAGAAGAUCUAGCGAAGUUUCAUGCCGUUCCCCUAGCAUUCAAAUUGAAACAUCCCAAUGAAUUUGACGAGAAAAUAAAAAAACUGUGUUUCAAUACUGUUUUCACUGACGCCAAAAGAUAUGGAAUACUCAAUGAAGCUUCUAGAAAAAUAGUAUCAGAGUGUAACAGUAUUUCGCAUUUAGCAGACAAGAUUCUUUUUCUCAAUGUGAACAAUAUGCAACCCGUCAGUGAUGCUUAUGGAACACUAAUUCAUUUCGAUCUAUGGGUCAACAAUAUUAUGGUUAAUCUUAAAGACGGAAGAUCAGUUGGCAAUAAAUUAGUGGAUUUUCAAGUGUAUAGUUAUGGAUCACCAGCAUCUGAUGUUUUGUUUUUCCUUCUAACAAGUCUUCAAGGAUACGUCAUUAAAGAACAUCUAGAUGAACUUAUUAAACACUAUCAUGACCAUUUUGUUAAAUGCCUUCAAGAAUUUGGUUGUGAUACGGAACUUUACACUUUAGAAAAUUUGUUAGAAGAACUCAGAAUCCAUUCUAAGUUUGAAUAUGGUCAUGCUGUAUUAUAUACGACUUUUUUUAUUAACGCUGACAAGGUAAGCGAAGAUGAAAGUACGCGUGGGGAUCCAGAGAAUAUGAUUAGGGGAAUUACUCAAUUGGCUAAAGUAAAGGUGUGCUUGAUUACCGAGGAGUGUGAAAAACGAGGAUGGCUUCCAAAGUUGGAGUAGUAUAAUAUAUUUUUGUACUAAGUAUAAAAAAAAUGCUCUAAUAAGUA